AGGAGGCGCAGAGGGAGGUGCGGGCGGCAGCUCGGCGUUCUGCAACUGUGGAGGGUCAACAAGUUGCUCUUGUUUCUGUUUGCCUGAGCGCUGAUUGUGGCGUUGACGAGGAGGUCGAUUGCGCUGUGCAUCUGCGCCAGGCUUUGGAGUGGGAAUGGACGAAGUAUUCUGAGACCCAGAUAUUCUAACGUGUGACAUUCCACUGACUGAUGGGAGACUUACCUGAGGACGUAGGUCUACAUUGGGUGUGCCUUCUGGGAUGGGUUCGACUAGGGUGGCUACAGGCGGUGGAGGAAGUGCUGGUGGUUGCGACCCGUCAGCACGCUCUGGCUGUGAGACUGCCGGUGUAUGCGCGUUCUGUCGUUGGCGUCUGUGAUUGCGUGAAGCAUUUGCCCCAGAUUUGGCAGCACUGGUACCAGUGGAAGGCGUGGAUGAUGGAACACGCUAAAAUCCUUCCUGACAAUGAACGUUGGACAAUCACCUGAGACAGCUCAUGACUACGCUUGCAGUUUGCUCC